CGUAAUGAUGCAUAUACACACGCAUUUUACAUCUAUAACUUACACAUGAUUGUUGUGCAAGGGAGUUUCAAACGAAUAUUGAGUUGAGACUGGCGGCGUGCUUGAGUGUCCGUGAGAUAACUUACACAUGAUUGUUGUGCAAGGGAGAUUCAAACGAAUAUUGAGUUGAGACUGGCGGCGUGCUUGAGUGUCCGUGAGAUCUUUCCACGUUGAGGCAGCUCUGUGUCUGAGUGAGAGUUGAGCCUGUUUGGGUUUUUACUCCAGGGACAGCAACACUGUUAGGAUGAUCUUGUGACCGGAGAGCAGAGUUACUGUUGCAGUAAAUCGACAGCUGUUGAGUGAAGAGGAGGCAUCUAAUAGUGUACGCGCAUAGAUAGGGGCCCAGUGAGGCAGUCAUCUUCUACUGUGGGGGGAGAGCCGCGUCGAGUUCUCCUGCAUGAGGCAUUGGGACACUAGAGUCGCACUGUUAGAUAGAUCUGCAAGGAGAGGUAGUUAAUGACUUGUUCAACCCAGGGCUUUGUGACAGAAGGUGCUGCCGUGUCCGCAGGUGUGACGGCGCCCGGCGUGUACGAGCCCCUCAGGAGCCCCUACGUCGUGACGCACAACGUGCUGCGGGCGCACGCGCGUGCAUGGCACGUGUACGAUGGGGCCUACCGCGCGGCGCAGGGUGGCCGCGUGUCCAUCGUGCUCAACACGCACUGGGCCGAGCCGCGCGACCCCUCCAACCGCACGCACGUCGACGCCGCCGAGCGCUACGUGCAGUUCUCCCUGGGCUGGUUUGCGCACCCCAUCUACGGGCGUGGCGGCGGCUACCCCCGCGUCAUGGCUGACCUCAUCGCCGACCGCGACCGUCCCGAGCCCUCGCGCCUGCCCAGCUUCACGCCGGAGGAGCAGGCCUAUGUGCAAGGCACAUCGGACUUUUUCUCCAUCAACUCAUACUCGACGCGACUGGUGUGGCCGGCUCGGCGCUCGGAGCUCCGCGUGGGGUACGAUGCGGACAUGGAGGUGAACGUGGAGAUGGAUCCCGAUUGGCCCACGGCUGCAGCUGGGUGGCACCGCUCCGUGCCCUGGGGCAUGAGGCGGUUGCUGAAUUUUAUUGAUCGUGAGUAUGGUGGCCCCGAGGUGUGGGUCACGGAGAACGGCUGGUCCGAUCACGAGGAAGACGGCCUUGAUGAUGCUGAGCGAAUCUUCUACCACCACACCUAUGUCAACGAGGUGUUUAAAGCGCUGCACCUGGACCAUGUGCGCGUGCGGGGCUACACAGCGUGGACCCUCAUGGACAACUUCGAGUGGACCAACGGCUUCACUGAGCGCUUCGGGCUGCAUUACGUUAACUUCUCAGACCCCGAGCGAGCGCGCACCCCCAAGCGCUCGGUCGGUGCCCUGCGCAAGCUGGCGCACGACAACGGCUUUCCGGGGUCAGCGGCCAGGCCGCUGGUGACGCUACACGGGCGCUUCCCCGCCGGCUUCCAGUGGGGCGUUGCCACCGCUGCGUACCAGGUUGAGGGUGGCUGGAAUGCAGAUGGCAAAGGCCCGAGUAUCUGGGACAGCUUCACGACACGGCCCGGCAAUGUGGCGGGGAUGGCCACGGGCCGCGUGGCAUGCAACAGCUACCAACUGUUUGCGCAGGAUGUGAAAGCGGUGCGGGCGCUCGGCGCGGGCACCUACCUCUUCUCGCUGUCGUGGCCCCGCCUGCUGCCCGAUGGCACGGUGCCCGGGGGCCUCAACGAGCCCGGCGUGGCCUAUUACAACCGCCUGCUGGACGCCCUCGUGCAGGCCGGUGUGCGGCCCGCCGUUACGCUCUACCACUGGGACCUGCCCCAGGCGCUGCAGGAUGUGGGAGGCUGGGAGAAUGACACGGUGGUGGAGCACUUCAGGGCGUACGCGUCAUGGUGCUUCCAACUAUUUGGCGACCGCGUGCACACAUGGGUGACCAUCAGCGACCCCCUGUCCGUGGCGUGGCUCGGCCAUGGUAAUGGCAAGCACGCCCCAGGCCUUCACGUCGAUCCGGGCCGGGCGCCGUACGUCGUGGCGCGCAACCUGCUGCGCGCGCAUGCCCUGGCGUGGCAUGAGUACGACGCAAACUUCCGGGCCAAGCAAGGUGGCCGCAUAGCGCUGGCACUGAGCGCUGACUGGGUGGAGCCGCUGGACCCUGGGCGGACGGGGGACGUGGAGGCGGUGCAGCGGUACCUCGACUUCACACUCGGGUGGUGCGUCUGUGUGCGCGCUUCGAUGUGCUUUCAUCACCGCAGCUCUGUCGUGCUGUUGUUGCUGUUACUGUUUCUGAAGUUGGCCAAACUCUAGCGUGGCCAUAUCCCUGGGUUUGAC